AUGUCAUGUUACCCUUUGCACAGCCAUUGCAACAACACUGUUGUGCCAGCUACACCAGGGAUGGACAAUCCUUUAUCUCAGUUAUCAGAUUCUAGCACUGCAAGUGCUCAGGAUGCUACCCCUGUUCUGGCUGUGAGCCAUGUUCCAGCAUCUGGUGCUACAGCACUGAGAAACCUUCCUCUUGCCUGUGCACAAGCAGAGGAAGAGGAUUCAAAUCACUCAGAGAAAUCAGAGGAUAUAAUGGAAAUGAUUAUGAAUCAUCUACAUCUUCUACCUUUGAGAAAGCAUCCCAUAGUACAGAUGCAGAAGAAUCCAAUAGAAUGGCAAGACCUGCAAGGCUUCACUCAAGAAAUGCUUGCCAAACAUCAGAACAAGCUGAUGGAAGACAAGGGCUGA